AUGGACUUUCUCAAGUCCGCCAUGGCCUCGGCCAUGGCCAAGGGGCCACCAUUUCCCUAUUCCUUUGGCGACAAGGUCGAUAUCGAUGAAUCUAUCUGGGCGCUUCAUAACGGAACCAAGAGAAAUACCAUCAAGUUCAUAAACAAAGACGCCUCCUCUAUCCACGGUAACCUCAAAGUCGGCUCGGUGUAUACUUCGGAGAGUGGGGAAUGGAAGCUUGGAGGUUUCGAAGUGCUGAGUGGCAUAAAAGAUGAUGAGGCAAUCAUUUAUACCUAUGGGAGCGUUGUCCCAGACUCUGGGCGUUAUGCCCCUCCAGAGCUCGCCCGUAACGGCUGGGAUACCAUAAAAAAGAAUCCUCACACGGCUGUGGAUUCCUUCAACUUCGGCACUUUGAUUUAUGAAGUUUUCAACGGCUCAUACACCGGUGGCGAUCAGGCGGGCCAGACUACAGGAAUUCCUCCCUCGAUGCAUGCAAGCUACAAGAGGCUUGUAAACGCAAAUCCAAAGGCACGCAUUAGUGUUGCGAACUUCCUUGAACUCGGACGAAGACACGGCGCUUUCUUUGAUAUCCCACUUAUCAAGAUUACCAACGACCUUGAGAAUCUAGGCGUGAAAUCUCCAGAGGAGAGGGAGGAGGUUUUGGCUGAACUUGCCGAGCUCUCAGAAGAUUUCCCCGAGGAUUUUCUCAAAAUGAAGGUCCUACCGGAACUGCUCAAAUCUGUCGAAUUUGGAGGCGGUGGUCCAAAGGCUCUCGAGGUUGUCCUAAAGAUUUCGGCAAACCUUUCGAGUGACGACUUCGAAUCCCGAGUCACUCCGGUUGUUGUCCGACUCUUUGGAAACCCAGACCGAGCUAUUCGCGUCGCACUUUUGGAUGGUCUACCCUUAAUCAUUGAGCGAUUGGCCCAGAAGGUGGUCAACGACAAGAUAUUUCCCCAGCUGGUCACUGGGUUUACUGAUGUAGCUCCGGUUGUUCGAGAACAAACGUUGAAGUCAGUUCUCACAAUCAUUCCAAAGCUAUCGGACCGCACGAUCAAUGGUGAACUUCUCAAGUAUCUCGCCAAGACGGCAAAUGACGAGCAACCCGGCAUCCGGACGAAUACCACCAUCUGCCUCGGGAAAAUGGCGAAACAUUUGAGCAACUCUACGAGAGCCAAGGUUCUAAUCGCUGCUUUUACUCGGUCCUUGCGCGAUCCAUUUGUCCACGCAAGAACUGCUUCUUUAAUGGCCCUGGCCGUGACGAGCGAGUACUUCAGCGACGAGGACUGCGCAAACCGAAUUUUACCGUCAAUGUGUCCUUUGUUGAUAGACAAGGAGAAAUUGGUCCGCGAUCAGGUGAACAAGACCAUUGAUGUUUACUUACAGAAGAUUCGCAAGGCAGCCUCUGCCAUGCCGGAUACUGUUUUGCCCCCUCCAAACACAUCCGACGGCUCCGCACCCCGGAUGAGUACACCUCAGCCAGCAGAGUCAGCAUCAGCCAGUUGGGCUGGUUGGGCCAUCUCAUCCUUUACGAACAAACUAUCAGCUGCGGCGGGGGAGAUCGAAGCAAAUGGAGCAGCUACUCCCAAACCCGCAGCAUCUCCCGGGCUCGCUCCCUCCAGACCAGCAGGCCAAUCCUCCGCGUCUACGCUCCAUAGGCAAGCUGUCAAGUCACCUCCGGCAAUGUCACGAACUCCGUCUUCCGCGGCCAGUCACACAGCGGCCCUGUUCCUUGACGAUAAUAACGCGGAGGAUGACGGCGCCGAUGCGUGGGGCGAUAUGGGCGACGAUGAUGGCUUCUUCGAUGCGCCGGAGGAUGAGCGAGAGACGUUCCCGAAGAAGUCUCCUCCAGCAAGCAGCAUCGCAUACGAUGAUGGUGGGGAGCCGGACUUUGCUGGGUGGCUUGCCGCCCAGUCUCAGAAGAAGUCCGGAGGUAAACCUCUGCCAAAGGGCCUGGCAAAGUCCAAGUCCCCGACAUCUGGGGCUCUGAAAUCCACUUCAUCUGCUACCCGGAUAACUUCAUCAUCAAAGGCUGCGCCUGCGAAAAAGAUUGACAUGAAGCCUAAGGAGACCGAUAUGGAUGGCGACGCUUGGGGAGAUGACGGAUGGUGA